ACCCCCACACAUGCAAAAGAGGCCAAUUCAUCCACAAGUGGGAGUUUAUAUAUAACCCACUAUAAAUAUGCCCUCAAACAUGGCCUCAUGCAUCCUUAGGGCUUAGAGUCAUCUCCCAGCUUAGGACACUGCAUAAAAAUGAAGAUUUCUCAUUACUACUGCAUCACUAGUCUCCUGCUUCUGAUUCUCUUCUGCUUUUCAGAGGGCUGGCGCGCUGAUCCCACAUAUGGGUUCACUGUUGUGCCCUUGACAGAAUGGAAUUUUGAACUGCAAAAGCCAUAUGAUGUGCCGCUGGAGGAGCGCUACAGCUAUGAAAAUGGAGUAAGGAAGCUGUGGGUGUAUGCUGAUGAUAAGCCCCAUGACCCUAACAGUCUCACUCAGCCACGGACCGAAGUCCGCAUUCGGGGACUUGACUACUCAUCUGGGGUUUGGCAGUUUGAAGGGUAUGGCUUUGUGCCAAAUGGAACCUCUGGUGUGACUGUCUCCCAGAUACAUGGUGCAGCUCAGGCCGCUACAACUUUGAUUCUGAGGAUCUACAAUGGUGAUAUGAGGUACUAUAGUGCUGAUCUGAUAGCCACUGGUAUGUAUGAUAGGUGGUUCAGGCUUAAUGUCAUCCACGACGUCGAUGGGGGGAAGGUGACAGUGUUCAUCGAUGGCGUUCAGAAAUUUCAAGUGAAGGAUAAAGGGCCAGGAGACUUGUAUUUCAAGUGUGGAGUUUAUGCUGCCCCGGGUAAUAUCAGCUACUGCAUGGAAUCAAGGUGGAGAGACAUCAAGAUUUACAAAAAGUAAUGGUGAAGGAUUGAGAUCUUUGUAGUCUGUAUUGAGAAAACUCUUGAUUAGCUAUUAUGCAGAUGGACUUUUUCUCUCAAAUGAUU